AUGUCACGAGGUCUCUUGAUUGUCGUUGAAGGUUGCGAUCGAUCCGGCAAAUCGACUCAAUGUGCACGACUGACAGAGCGUUUGAAUGCCACUGGCCAUAGCGCCAAGCUUCUCAAGUUUCCUGAUCGCACUACUCAAACCGGUCAAAUGAUUGACGGAUACCUGAAGCAAUCGAGCCAUAUGAAUGACCAGGCUAUCCAUCUCUUGUUUUCAGCUAAUCGGUGGGAGGCCAUGGAUGCCAUGGAACAAAUGCUGAAAUCAGGCACCCAUUUGGUGGUGGAUCGUUAUGCCUUCUCGGGUGUUGCAUUUUCUUCAGCCAAGGGGCUUGAUCUUGAAUGGUGUAAGCAUCCUGAUGUCGGCUUAUUGGUACCGGAUCUUGUACUCUUCCUUGAUUUAUCGAUCGAUGAUGCUGAAAAGCGUGGCGGUUUUGGCGUUGAGAGAUAUGAGACGCGUGAAUUGCAAACCAAGGUGCGCGAAAAGUUUAUGGCAUUGAAAGAGCCCUCUUGGAAGGUUAUUGAUGCCAAAGGAUCCAUGGAUGAAGUGCACAGCUCAAUGUGGGAUAUCGUCAAUCAAGCAGUGGAGAAGCCUGUGGAAAACGAUGUCGUAUUCGGAUUGUGGAAAUGA